UUCAUGAUAUUCAAAACUGCAAUAAUAUACUGAUUUUUACUCUGUUAUUUAGAGCGGCUACCAUUUUUUUGUCGAACAAAGCGAUGAAAAAGUGGUAUAACCAUAUGCUCGCAUCAGCCUCACAUCGAUAAUUAAUGUGCUUGUCCACUUUACACCCCACAAGUAAUCAGCUUAAAUUAAUUUUUCGACACUUCCGACAGCAAAAAAUGAAAAUGAAAUCACGAAAUAAAAUGUCAUAAUGCAUUAACCAAUCACAGUCGGCGGAAGAGUGAAAUUCAUUUAUUUAUGAAUUAAUAUUGCGUGAAAAUGUUUGUCCCCCGAAUGCAAAAUAAAUUUCCCAAAUAAUUUCCAACAGGAAAUAUUUAAUAAACAUCAAACCUCACCCCCAAUCCGAUAUUUUAUAUUUCGCAGCUACUGAAACGCAAAUAAAUCAUACCGCAUUCAAUCAAACGUAAAUAACGGAAGAGAUACGCGACGGGGGGAGUAUAAAAUUCAUGGUCCAUGAAAUAUGAAUAUCGUCGAAUUUCACAGUAAAUGAAAUUCAAAAAAAAAAUCUACCGAAAUAAGAAAAGCUUCGCGUAUUCAUGCAAACAGUGGUUUCACGGGUAUUUAAAGUAGUUAUUGAUUGCCAUAACUUCUCGAAAACUUCCAAGUGUCAUUUCACAUGGAACAAUGGAUAGUUAUGAUACUCCCAGACAUCAAGUUAGAAUUCAGAAAUUCGAUAUCUGUUUGUAAUGAAAAGACAAUGAGCAAUUCUUCACAUCCAACUUCUGUCAGACGUCAUUUGCCAUUGGUAGAUGACACCGAGUCGAACUAAUUUCCAAAGUUCUCUCGACGUAAAGACCAAGGAGUUAAUAAUAAUAAUAAUAAUAAUAAUAAUAAUAAUAAUAAUAAUAAUGGGGAUUGGACGAGAAGAGGGAAAUUUCAGAAUGGAUAAAUUGAUUUUUUGGUUUAUUCUUGUGAGUAUUGGAAUGAGAGGUGCAUCGUUGGAUAUAAAAGAGGAUGAAAGUGGUGAGUGCAGCUGUGGAGUUUUUCCAAGCGGUUUUGCUGAUCCAAUACUGGAAAAAACAUUCCAAUUUAAAGUACCAUACAGGGAUGGGGCCAACAAAUGCCAACAAAUUUGCACAGCACUGGCACAAGCCCCAGGGAACGGGGGACCAGGACUGAUUUGCGACAAGUUGAAAUUUCACGUGAAAUUAUUACGGGUCACUCUGAGCAUGAAAAUUUGCAAUCAUCCCUGGAAGCAAAUCGACCUCAAUAUUCCCACCGUCUGCUGUCACAAUGGGAAAUCAAUAGCCUGCAAUUUCCAGGAAUAAAAUAUUCAAUCAACAUUGUUAUAAAACAAU